AUGGCCUACAGAAGAGACCCCCGAUUACUCCCAACCCCUGACCGUGACCCCAAAACUAUGUAUAUGAAAGGGGACGCCCAAAUGCGACACCUGCCGCCCAUGAUGACCUCGCCGCCUCCGCCCAAGAGAUACAAGUCUGAUACUCCCAGCGACACAGGCCACGGUCGCUAUUAUUCGCACUCUGUCCCGAGUGAGCGAGCCCGUUCUCGGCAAACGUCUACAGCUAUGGAUCUGUAUACCUUGGUCGAUCGGGACCCCGUCGAAAAUGACCCGCGCAGGAACUUUCGCUUUACCAGUAAUGGCUCGGUUGCGACACAGGCUUCGGUGACAUCCAAUACGUCGCAGCAGUCUCGUUCAUCCCCUGUGGUGAUCUCGAAUCGCCUGAUCCCUGAAAAAUACCCCAGCCACAAGGAGAACGGUCGGAGCUAUCAUGGAUACCGCAAAGGGAUCUACCCGCUACCGUGCGAUGACGAGGAACAGGACCGGCUCGAUAUCGUCCACAAAGUGGUGACCGUGGCCCGAGCUUCGGAUGGCUUGAUCUACGCACCAUUCCCGAAACAGUCCAGGGUGCUUGACCUGGGCUGUGGCACUGGUAUCUGGAGCAUCGAUGUCGCCAACAAGUACCCUGACUCAUUUGUUGUUGGAGUCGACAUUGCUCCUAUCCAGCCCACCAAUUUCCCGAAGAAUUGCGAUUUCUAUGCCCCGUUCGACUUUGAGGCUCCCUGGACUAUGGGUGAGGAUUCCUGGGAUAUCAUUCACAUGCAGAUGGGAUGUGGGAGUGUUGCGAGCUGGCCUAGUCUCUAUAGAAGAGUAUUCGACCACCUUCGACCAGGGGCCUGGUUCGAACAAGUAGAGAUUGAUUUCAAGCCACGCUGCGACGGCCCUUCUAUCAACGAUACACAUCUCGCGCACUGGUACAACAAGUUGAAGGAGGCUACCGAAGCCACGCAGCGUCCCCUGGCACACAGCUCACAAGAGACCAUCCGCAAUCUACAGGAAGCGGGUUUCACCGAGAUCGACCACCAGCAGGUCGGCUUACCCUUGAACCCAUGGCACAACGAUGAACAUGAGCAGAAGGUUGCACGUUGGUAUAACCUUGCCAUCUCGGAAAGCGUCCAGCCUCUCAGCUUGGCGCCUUUCAGUCGGGUUUUGGGGUAUUCCAAGGAAAAGAUUGAUCUACUCGCCGCCAAUGUCAAGCGGGAUGCUUUUGACAAGAAUAUUCACAGCUAUAAUAUUUUGCACAUUUACCAGGCGAGAAAACCAGUUGUGCCUUGA